GACAGAAAAGGAACCAUUUUUACAUAUGACGAACCUGAAGAUGAAUGGCACAAAUGCGCCGAAGUUCAACAUAAUACAUACGCAUACGGUAUGGUUCUUAUGCAAGACAAUAUUAUUUACGUUGGUGGUGAACGAAAUGGCAAAAUAACUAACGGUGUUAAAAGCUGGAGCUUUAAAACGCGAACGUGGAGAGCAUUGCCUUCAAUGAUUCACACACGUAGCUGGCCAAGUGUUGUACUGUUAAAUAACAGUAUCUAUGUGAUUGGUGGAGAAGUCACAAAUGGACAGCCUAAAAGGUCUGUCGAAAUGUAUUCACCCGGUGGAAAAUGGAAAUUAGUUAGCAGUAUGAUUACGCCACGAAGCCAGGCAGGCGCAGUGGCUUUAAAUUGCAAAAUUUUUGUUAUGGGAGGCUUUGAUGGAACUGACGACUCCCAAUCUGUUGAAUGUUACGACCCAUCUUCAAAUAAUUGGACACUGUGUGAGGAUAUGAAUAAAGCUCAUAAUUUCCCAUCGGUAGCCGUACACAAUGACUACAUAUACGUUUUAGGUGGAAUUACUGAAAAUAGAACAGUUGAACGUUACGAUCCACAAAUGAACGAGUGGACAAUGGUGUGCUCUUUGAACGUUGGGCGUGGAUGCAUGGGUUGUGUUUGGAAAGGUGAUCAAUUGUGGGUGGUCGGAGGUGAACAAAAUGAUAAGAUGAAAAAUUACGUGUCAGUUUAUUAUGCAGAAUAUAAUAAAUGGUUCAAAAGGAGCCCAAUACCUAUAACUGAUCGAUAUAGCUGUUAUGUGGUGCCUAAGACGCUACUUCAAAGUCAAUAAAAAAAUAUGAGAAUUUAAUAAGUAUUUAGCUGUAUAGUUGUAG